UCAGUUGGCCACGAGAAUUUUAGUCAUGGCCUCCGUUUCAAUCGCAGAGAUUGUCGAAUCCCUCACCUUCGGGAAUGUUCUUCUACUGUUGCUUCUACUGCUUUUGUUACAUUACUUGAUGGUAGUGUAUGAGUUCAGGAACAUGCCACCAGGUCCACGCUUGACGACGCUUCCAGUUCUGGGGAACAUAUUUUCGUUGGAUUUGAAGGCGGAGAAACUUACGGAUGCUUUCAAUGGGUUGAAGGAAAAGUACGGACGAGUUUUCUCCCUAAAACUUGGAAGCUACAAGGUUGUCAUGGCGGCAUCUCCGGACGCCGUUCAUGAACUACUUGUUAAGAAAUCAGCUGAUUAUGCAGGAAGGCAGCAGACUUAUGCUCUGUUUUCAAUAACCCUCGGAGGGAAAGAUGUCGUCUUUUCUCACUAUGGCCCAAGCUGGAGGCUUCAUCGCAAACUCUUUACAACAGCCUUACGCCAAUACUUGUCGGAUAUUCCUCUAAUCGAAAGCCGAGUAUUAGUACAGGCAGAGAAACUGACAAAAUAUAUGGAAGCACUAAAGGGAAAGCCUUUUGAUCCCUCAGAAAGCUUAAAUCGAACUGUCGCUGACGUUAUCUGUGGCAUCACCUUUGGAGAAGGAUACGACACCACCAACCCAAAUUUGAACAGGCUCCUAAAGCUUAACGCUGACUUUAUGUCAGACCACGAGACUGCUCAGCUCGUGAGAAUACUGGACUUUAUCCCUGCAACACAGUACCUUCCUAUUAAGGCUUACGAUCGAUUCAUUCAGCCUUUCUAUGAAAUGUUCGAUAUCAUUCGCAUAUUCUUGCGAGAGCGAGAGAAAAAUUUUAAUCCCGAACAACCCGUUCAAGACUUGAUCUCGGGCCUUCUUCUCGCCAAAAAAGACGCCGAACGCGAAAAUGACAGGGAAAAGUCCGCAUUUCUAUCCGAAGAUUACUUUGUUAACACCAUAGAAGACAUGUUCAUCGCCGGCUACGAAACUACAGGUACCACAAUGAGGUGGGCAAUAGCCAUGUUGGUUAACUACCCAAAAUACCAAGAGGAUAUUCAACGACAAUUAGAUGAGGUGGUUGUUGACCGAACACCGUCUUUGAAUGAUCGACCCAAUCUACCCCUCAUCCACGCUACCAUCAUAGAAACGCUUCGCCUGGGAAAUGUGGUUCCGCUUGCAGUGCCUCAUUGUACCUUGAAUGAUACAACUCUCUGCGGCUACCGCGUCCCUAAAGGUACAAUAGUGUUUCCUAAUACAGAGUCGGUUCACUUGGAUCCCAAAUGCUGGGAAAACCCGACUGAGUUCAACCCUUACCGUCACCUUGACGAUGAAGGAAAACUGAUCACAAACCAAGGCAAUUAUUUCCCAUUUGGGGCGGGACGACGGUUCUGUGCUGGCGAACCCCUGGCUAAGGUUGAGUUGUUCUUGUUCAUAUCGUGGUUGUUACAGAAAUUUACCUUCGUUGCUGAAAAAGAUGGCUGUCCUCCUCAUUUAAAAGGCUUUUACAGCUUUACACAAUUUCCAGCUCCAUAUAAGAUACGCGCCAUUAAACGAAAAUAGCAUAAAUAUUUUUCAAAUUGUCUAACUCCAGGAAAAGCUAGGAGAACAUUAUGUAAGUGGUUUUCUUUUUCACAUUUAUUAACCAAUGAUUAAGUGCAUACUUCGUAUUUCUCAUAUAACCCGUUCUGACCCGCGCACGCAGGCCCAUAGCAACCAUAGUGAAAGCUGGGCUGUGUAUGGCCGGAUGGGUUGAAGUGAGCCGGGCCGGAAACAGCCUUCCAUUCUAUAUAUCUUGGUUGAGGCAACAUUCAGCGGUCACCUGAUAAAAUGCCAAUUGACUGAGUUUGGUUCAACCGGACAGAAAAAUAUUUGGCUCAGGGGCAUAGCGCACGGAUUACGGAUUGCCUUUUAUGCCGAAUAUUUUUAUUUUUGCUACGGUGAGUGCUAAGCAAAUGUAUCAGGGCAGAAACACCUAGUUGUUCGCGUUAUUAAGAUGAUAAGCUUGGGUUUAGUCAUAUCUAGUUUUCCUUUUUUUUUAGCUUGUUGUGUAGUACUUUCCCAAACUAAGAAGGGCUAAGUUUGGUCUGAUUUAUCCUGGCCUCCAUUGUUAGCGUUGCAGAUAGCUCUGUAAUCAUUUAUACGUUAUGUGUUUUGUUAUGUGUUUGCUACAGCUGAUUUAAACACUCUCUGAGUAUUUUAAGAACCUAAAUCUACAAGGAGCAUUCUUUAUUAUGCUGUAUUAAGUUCUACUUCACCUCUUGGGUUUAACGACCGUUUUUUGCCCUACGUUUGUAUCAUUUACAUGGAAACGCCUUA